AUGGACCAGCUGGACAAAAUCUCCGGCCAGGAUACCGAACCCUCGAAUGGCCAGCACCGCCAGACUACUUUAGCUCGCAAGCGGCCUACCGCAGUACUCAGCCAAGAGGAGAGGGAGAGACAGCGGCAGGUCGCCGAGGCAAGGAAGAAAUAUGGACGAGGAAGGCCAGUACGCCUCAACCAGGUCAAGGACAAGAAGUUGAAAUCGGCGUUACGGCGCAUUGAGAACAAAUAUCAGGACGCCGUCCUUGGAGCCAAAGACGCCGAAAUUCUUCUUGAGAACCAAAGUGGCUUUUUACAACCAGAAUCUGCACUCGAAAGAACAUACAAGGUACGACAGGAAGACAUCUCCGAGGCUGUAAGCGUACAACAAGCCAAAAAGUCCUUUGAAUUGAAGCUAGAUCUGGGUCCAUAUUGCGCCAAUUACACGAGAAAUGGCAAGCAACUACUGUUGGCUGGUCAGAAAGGCCAUAUUGCUACGUGUGAUUGGCGUAGUGGAAAGCCAGGCUGCGAGCUCAACCUCAACGAGACUGUGAGAGAUGCAAAGUGGCUGCACAAUGACCAGUAUUUCGCUGUAGCUCAGAAGAAGCAUGUCUACAUUUAUGAUGCAGCCGGCGUUGAGAUUCAUGUGCUCCGAAAAUAUGUCGAGACAAGCCACCUUGAAUUCCUGCCCUAUCACUUCUUGUUGGCUGGUGUUGAGAAUAGUGGCUUUUUGAGGUAUACUGACACAUCUACUGGUCAAAUCGUGGCAGAACAUCCAACAAGAAAAGGCCCUCCUACUGCUCUAGCUCAGAAUCCCUACAACGCUAUCUUGCAUGUCGGUCAUCAAAAUGGUACUGUUUCAUUGUGGUCACCCAAUAGUACUGACCCACUUAUCAGGAUACAAGCAAACACUGGUGCCGUUCGGUCUAUAGCAAUGGACAGAUCAGGUCAUUACAUGCUCACUGGUGGUCAAGAUUCAAGAUUGAAACUGUGGGAUAUUCGUGCACUGAAAGAAGUGCACAGUUACAGCACGAGACAACCAGCCACAAGUAUAUCCAUAUCAGAUCGUGGCUUGGCAGCAGUCGUCAGUGGCACGUCCACCACCAUCUGGAAGGAUCUUUUAACCGCUGGUAAUUCGAGCCAGCCAGGCAAGGUGCAAUCUCCAUACCUCAACUAUCAUUCUUCACUAGGCACGCAAGUCAAGCCAAAUACGGUAGGCUUCUGUCCUUUUGAGGACAUUCUCGGCGUGGCUCAUUCCUCUGGCUUUACCUCACUCAUUGUCCCUGGCGCAGGUGAAGCCAAUUAUGAUGCACUCGAGGUCAAUCCAUACGAGACACGCACACAGCGUCGUGAAGCAGAAGUCAAGUCUCUCCUUACAAAGCUGCAACCUGAAACUAUUGCUCUGGAUCCAAACUUCAUUGGCUCCUUAGACGUAAGGUCGGCCGAACAGCGUGCACGUGAGAAAGACCUCGAUGCACCAAGUAGAGAAGAGGAGAAGAUGGCCAUGCUGAAGGAGCGAAACAGGGCUAGGGGCAAGAACAGUGCUCUCAGAAGGCAUUUGAGGAAGAAAGGCGGCAAGAAUAUCAUCGACGAAAAGCGCGUCAGAAUGGAGCAGAUGCGCCAUGAAAAAUCUGAACGCGAGAAAGAGAGGAUCACGGGUGAGAAGAUGGAGCUUGGUCCAGCGUUGGCCAGGUUUGUGGGUGGUUCAAGGUAG